AUGAUCUUGAAGGAUCACUUUGUUAACGUAUUUUUCAACCGCAAGAGUAUUUUGGAUUUUGAUCCAUACAAAGUUUUUUUAAAAGUAUCUUCAAUUGAUACUUUCUUUCGUGAAAGAUUUUUGUUCUUUCUUCAAAAAGCUUUUGAAGCAUCAGAAUGGAAAAAGGAAGGCUAUCUAGUGAUCUUGAAUGAAGAUGAUCAAGAGGAAGAUGUUGAUAUGAAUUUUUGGACUGUGUUUUUACGUUGGGUAAAAUAUCAAGGUGACUAUGUUAAAUUCGCGGAAAUUGGUCCCAAUAAAUAUUUCACGAGGGAUAUCCAUAUUUUUUUCUUAGAAGUGAGAGAUCGAAUGUACACGAACAUUAGUGACAACAUGAACAUGAUAAAGAAAUGUAAAUUAUCAGGUGGAAAUAAAGUUUGCAAUUUAAAAGGGGGUUGGUACGAGAAUAUCCGUGACACAAUGUAUAGGAUGAUCAAAAGAAUAUCUACAGGUGGAACAACUGGUGGAAUGGAUGGUAGUUGCGAUUUAAGAGGGGGUUGUUUUUACGAAUUUAAAAUGUGUCUUUGGGAUCUUGAAGGAAUUUAUGAGGAUGAAAGUGAUACAUGUACAUAUUUUAAAGAACUUCAUAGGCUAUUAGAUGAAAUGAAUUCGUGUGAACAGAUCAUUAAGAUGAUCGAUGAAACUUUGAACUCUUAUAGUUAUUAUAGGUUUAAUGUUAGAUGGAAGGAGAUGAAAAACUAA